AUGGUGGGUGGCAAGUCCACUGCACACAUCACACAGCAACAACUCAAUAAAAAGCGACAACGCGCGACACCGGAGCAAUUGGCUGUGUUGGAGGAAGCUUUUGACGUCAAUCCGAGUCCGAAUGCAAAGCAGCGUGAAGUCAUCAGUGCUCAGAUUGAUAUGACGGAGCGUAGCGUGCAAAUUUGGUUCCAAAAUAGGCGUGCCAAGACCAAG